AUGUAUCCACUUUUUUAUUUAAAAAAUAAAAUAAAAAAUAGAUAGAUGAGAGGAGUUGAACCUUACAUUUAUAUCAAAUGAAGAAGACUCUUACCAUUUGACUAGCACACUAUAUAUAAUAAAUAUUUUAUUUUAUUUUUACGUAUUUAAAUUGCACAUGCAUCGCAUGUGCCAACUGCUAAUUUAUAUAUAUAUAUAUAUAUAAACACAUCAAAGCUGAGCCUAGGUUUGCGUUUAUUUUUUGUCAUUUCAUUUCAUGAAAAUGAGGCUAGAGCUUCUCUUCAUGGCUGGCAUCAUUGCCCUCGACAUCACAGCUGAGAAAUGCCGUCAAAUAAUUGGAGAUGAGAUGUCUUCAAAAGGCAUGAUAGAAAGGUUCACAUUCUUGAACUGCUUUGACAUGAGUACUGGAACCAUGGCAUGCACAGUGAAGGAGUGUGUCAAGCUCUAUUGUUACUACAGAAGAGCUGUUCAUGUUCAAGAGGUAAGAAACAAGAAAAUGGAGGCUACCCUAUACGAGUACUUGUCCCAGGGACAGACCAUUGAAGAAGCCCUAAAUCAGGCGAACGAAAAGGGAAAUGCAGCAGCAAAAGAGGCGUCUCGACAAGUGAAGCACAUAAUAGGGCCUGCUAUAUCUUUUGGGUGGGACUUGUUUGAAACGAUUUACAUUGGCGGUACCCUAGUAGAGGGCAUCAUGAGGGGCACCGGAACCUUUUUAGGUUCCUAUGUCGGAGGGAUCAUUGGAGAGGAAAGACUUAGGUCACUUAGGUGGUUGGGUUUUCUUGUGGGAAGCCAAAUGGGGAGUUGGGUUGGAGGGAGGGUAGGGCUAAUGGCAUAUGACGUGGGGAAGGGUGUGCAAUACCUGCUUCAAUUUGUUCAUAAAGGAACCAAUCUCUCAUCUCUGGCUUCUAAAGAUCUUUGAGAGAAUUCGAGCUCACCAUUAUAUAUACAGAAAUCCUACAUGCCAAAAUAUAUAUGCGCGUGUGUGUGUAUGUGUGUGUGUGUAACUCUUUGCACGAAUCUGAGCACGUAGCAUUAUUGUUUAUUUGAAACCAAGUAGGCAAGCCCCUAUCGUCAAACUCUCAAGUAUUGGGCUCGUACAUUGUUUUAUGCAGUUGUACAAUGAUACAAUAACUAGAAGGAUAUCAUGUUGGUGACUAAAGGAUAGAAAAUAAUGAGCAUAUCUAUAUAUAUAUAUGCUCUUGCACUUGAAAGCCUGGAUGUAAUACAUAUUUCUUUUCUUUCGUACAAGCUAGCAUUACAUUGUUACACAUGUAUAGAUUCAACAAGAAAUAGUAUUUACAUAUAUACAGAAGACAAGUUAUGGCGGCAACUAACCUUUUUUUUUGGGAUUGGAUUGUCUCCCUGGGAUUUGGGUUCAUGGGUUUGAGAAGUUAUUCCGUGUCCUUGGGGCAAUGAACCAACACCCCCAAAAGCAGGGCACACUAUAAAUUUUCAGUUUUGAGAGAGUAUACUAAUUGUUUUAGUUCAGCAUACUUUUGAUAUCAAAAGCAUUAGCAGAAGAUCACAUGAAAUGAAGGAUUUAUCUUUCAUGAAUGAAAAUUAUUUGUCACAAAGAGAAGAAUAAAGUGAAGCAGACUACAUAUCCAUCAAAAGAAAAAGAAAAAGAAAAAAGGCAAAGCUGACUCAAAGAUUUGCUCUAUAAAUACUAAAUACUAAGCAAAAUAGGCCUAACAAAUCAUAGUUAUAUAUAUAUUUUGAUAAUGGAGAACUAAUCCUAAGCAGAGAGUGCU